UGCGUGUGCGUUUCCGCGGGUUGUUUGAGUGUGUGACUCUGCUGUACGGUCCGACGGGCCGUUGAGUCCGGGUACUGCUGCUGCUGUGAUCAUGGAGCCGCGGUUGGUGGCGGAUUUGUUGCUGCGCCUUGGCCACGACCCGCCGCGGAUAGUGGCCGAGCUGUGCCGAUGGUGCUGGGAGGAGGAGGGCGCCGGAUCGCUGAAUGCGGCCAGGGUGGACGUGCUGCGCCUGCUGCUCGACGAGCUGUGCUGGCGGCGGGAGGCCCGAGGCCUCGGGCUGCAGUGGCAGGGCCUGCGUGAACUGGCCGAGCAGCGCUGCCUGCCGCUGCUGCGUACCCUGCGGCUGGAGGAGCCGGGCGAGCGGCGGCUGGCGCUCUCUCUGUGCGGCCUGCUGCUGGCCUGCUGUCGGUUGGCUCGGCCGGAGCUGUUGGAGCAAGUGGCCGCCUCCUGUCUGCGGGAGUUGCGGGCUUAUAGCGAGCAGCGGAGCGGCGCGGCCCCGGCCCCAGGCGCCGAGUACUCGGACAUCCGCGUCGUUGUCGAGAUGCUGGUGAAGCUGUGGCCUCUGGUGUCGGAGCGGGACUCGGGCACCGGCGCCGGGCAGCUGCUGCCGCUCGCCCUGACCGCUCUGAGGGUCGGCGAGGACGGCGUGGCUGCCACGGUGGUCACCGGGCUGAUCCCGGCCCUCCUGGAGCAGGAGAGCGUGACCGUGCGGGAUAUCUGGGACCGGGUGAGACUGUGGGAGUUCCCCUGUAGCGUGUCCAGACUCCUUUUGCUGCUCAGUUCGCUUUCAUCCUCCGGCAGCUUCGACCUACGGACGUGCACUGACUUUUGGAAAGUGGUGCAGGCAGGACUGGUGCAGCCGGACAACACAACGCGCAAAAGAGCAUUAUACUUGUUGAAAAGGGCUGUGGAUGUUUCUGGGGCAUUGGAAAAGGACAUCGCCUUGGACUAUCAGACCGAAAACGACACGUGCCUUUUCUGGUGGCUGGGUGAAAAAAGCAAACAACUUGUACAAUUAUGGGAAAAUUACAUUUUAAUUAUGGAGACAUUGGAAGAAAAUCAAGUUCACGUGAUAAGACCAAUUUUGCCAAGGCUUAAAAGUAUAAUGGAUGCCACUAUUUCCAAUGAAAAAGGUAAUUCACUUUUCCACUCAUCUUGGGUCCUUUGUGCUUAUAAACGAAUGUUUGCAAGUGAAAAUAAAACAGUGAUAAAAGAAGGCCUGUUUCAUUUCCUGGAUCUUGAUGUCAUGAAAUAUUCAAUCAGAACUCAAGAACUGUCUCAUUUUUUCUGUGGGCCGGUGAUGGAUGCUCUUUCAGAAAGUACAUUUUACAGCAGAUCUCCUGAACAAAUGAUUGGCAACUGUCCUGUUUUAGGUGUGAAGUUACAAACAUUCUUGGUUGAUUUUAUGGAAAAUAUGCCUGUAGAAUUUAAAGGUGAUUUUCUCACAAAGAUGAUUAAGAGCAUGGCUAUCAAGCAUUGGUGUGCCAUCCCCAUUUUCUUCAUCUCUCAAGCUCUAGAACACAUCCCAUCACGCAAAACCUGGGGAGUAGAAGGGCUUCAGGCUCUACGAGAAGUAUUGUGUUGUACUCUGGCCAAUCACCAAAUAUUAUUGCGAGGAGCAACUCAGUGUUUCCUUCUACAAACUGCUAUGCACCUGACUAAUGUGGAAAUGGUGACGCUCUCUGACAUUGCAAGCUUUCUGGCAUCCAUACGGACUGAAGAGGCUUUAACUCAGGGAACAAAAUUGUGGAUGGAGGUGUGCGAGUGGUUGCACAGCAACAACAGGAGUUUCAAGCUUGAAGAUAGUGCCACAGAACUAGAUCUGAAGCGACCUGCACUACGUACGUAUGUUCAGAAUCUGGUGAAGCAGUACAUGAAGGUGCCAGUGACUGAUGGAGAAAAGGGCAGUUAUUUGCCAGACCUGUUUGAGGCCCAGCUUGUUGCUCGGAUGAUUCUCCUCGCAGCAGAUGUGGAAGAGCAACAUUGCACUGAAGGUGUUAUAGAUGGCAGGGAUCAGAAUGCCUUGGUUUGCUUCCUACAACCCCUUCUGAAUGCCUUAACAAAGUUAAAUACUCAUGCUUACCUACCUUUACUGAAAGCAGACAAGAGCUUACAGCUAUUGUUGAAACUGUUAGAGAUGUCCGCACCAAUGCACAAUGCAACAACUUCAGAAGGUAGGAUCCUGAAUGUUCUGCAAGAAUGCAUCAUGUCUUCAAUGGAGCAAGUUUUGGAGUACGCACUCAGGAGGUUGACAAGUGAAUUACAAACUGUCCUCGAUCUUGACAGAUGCAACCUGUAUCUUGCUCUACUGAGUGAGAUGGCAAAGAUGCUUUCACUGUUUGGCCCAAUGAGGGGGUCCUGGAUGUGGCGAUUCAUCUCUUCCCUGACGCAGGCUUCAAUUCGACAUCUGCAGGCUGCAAAUGAUGAGAAGCUCUUGAAGCUUGGGAGACAAAUCCAAAUGGUGGCUGCUCAGGCCUCGUUAGCUUGGGUUUGCAAGAUGACUGCCCAGUAUCCAGAGCUGCUGCUUGACUCCCUGGAUGCUGUCAAGUCAUUAGAAAAAAAUAUCCUAAUUGGACCUUUCAACCAUAACCUUGAGAAGCCUUCCUGCUGCAAUGAAAACAAUGGAUUUUUCGAGGAUGGAUCUUCAGUGAAGGGCUGGGGAAAGGUGUCUACACAGUAUGUUCAUGAUCAAUGGGUCUGCAUUUAUUUUAUGUUGAAGAAAUCUGUUCCAUUGCAUGAGCAUGUAGCCAAGAAGAGUUGUGAUCAUUCUUCACUUAAUGUAGAAAAUGCAGUUCCCAUGCUCCAUGCCUGCAUUGAAGCUUUGAACAUAGUUCCAGCGGACCAAGUACUUCCCAUUCUGCAGUGCAUGAGAAUUGUCGUGCCUAAGCUUUAUAGGUCUGAAGAAUCUCUGUGUGUCAAAUCACUUGACCUAGCUUGGAAAGUAGUUGUGGAUCUGAAUAGCAACCAGCUACGUUUUUGGCCUACUUUAAGUGCUUUUGUGCAUAUUGCCUUUCACCACCAACUGCUUGGUAUAACAGAGGAAUGUCCCAUUCGAGUGAAACUGAAGGAGAUUAUAAGCAAGUUGCUUAACAUUUCACAAUCCAAAACUGGAGUCUUCAAUGUACUAAUUACUCAUUGCUGCCAAACAUGGCUGUCUCCUGGUUCUGGUACCAACAAUUCCCUCCCAAAUUCUUUCAUGAGCGCUGAACACCACGUGGAUCUCUUUGUAGAAGCUUGUUUAUUUGGGCCUGUUUUUCGGAAGGAUCAAAGGCUCAUCCAAGAUGUACACACUUACAUAGAGCUAUUGGGAGAUGAUUGUACAGCCAACAUGGCAACUGAAAAUGAAAACCGCGAUGAUCAAUCUGUGCGGAUUUGGGCCAUUAACUUCCUCUGUCAAUUGAAUGGAUCAAAUUUGUUGCACAAGAAAUUCAUGGAGAAUCUGGUCAAAAAACUUCUUGAGAAAGAAGAUGAACUGAGGAAUACCAAAGGCCGUUAUUAUGUAAACUCCAUGAUGCAUCGACUAAAGAACAGAAUUUGGCAAACACUGCUCGUGCUCCUCCCCCAGUUGGAUAAGGUAUUUCUGAUUGGCAUUAUUGAAACUGUCUUCAGAUCUGGCUUGAGUGAUAACCAGGCAUCUGUAAAAUACUUAAUCGAAUGGUUCAUCAUCUUGGUACUACAGAAGUGUCCAGAAUUUAUUGAUUCUUUCUGGAAAUGCUUCAGUUAUAAUCCAGACAGUUCAAAGACUAGUAUCUGCACUUUCCUGGCCAUAUUGGUUCACAUCAACGUGAUACUUAAGAACAUUUUUGAGAAGGGCCAAUAUUUGAAGAAGGCACUGAGUGUAAUAUUGCCCUGGUGUCUGAACCACAAUUUCAGUGUGAGACUGUAUGCCCUACUUGCUUUACAAAAGGUUUGGGAGGCAUGUCUACAGUCUAAACUGGAGGGUGAAGAAUUGAAGUUUUUGGAACCAAUAAUAGAAUCCUGUCUGGAGCAAGUUGGACAGAAGCAAACUACAGGGAAUGCUGGAAGGAAUUGGCAGAGAAUUCAGGACCAUUUCUUUUUUGGGAAAUUCCAACCAGUGGAAGACUACAGUCUAGAGACAAUAUUUUAUAUCUUUCCAAGCUUAUCAGAUGUGAUAGAAGAUGAAUGGAUCCCUACCUGGAAGUUUAGUCGAAUUGUGGAUCUCUUUCCCUUCAGCUCUUCAGUCAAUGUAUUUAACUUAGGAAAUCAGUUUCACGAUAUGAAACCCACAGACUGGGUUCAGCAAGACAAAGGUCAUGGCCUGUCUGACAUAGAUCAAGAUACUGACUGGACAGAUGUACAAAAGAAGAUAAUGCCAUGGAAAAAUAACAUCCCAGAUCAACAUCUGAAGCUGCUCCAUCAGGAAAGAGCCACGGUGUUUGGAAGGUCAACCAACAGUACACUUAUUGUUGUGGCAUCACUUAUUGAUAAGUCAACUAACCUGGGAGGUUUGUGUCGAACAAGCGAGAUAUUUGGGGCUUCUGCACUGGUUGUGAGCAACAUACAUUGUGUGAAUGACAAACAAUUUCAGGCCCUUAGCGUUUCUGCAGAACAAUGGCUAACUGUCAUUGAGGUGAGACCUGAUCAACUAAUUGACUACCUGCAGCAAAAGAAAACUGAGGGGCACACAAUCAUUGGAGUGGAACAGACAGCCAACAGCCAAGAUCUUGCUCACUACAGUUUCCCGGAUAAAACCUUGCUGUUGUUAGGGAAUGAACGGGAGGGAAUUCCAGCCAAUUUGAUCCAGCACUUGGAUGUGUGUGUGGAAAUCCCACAGUGUGGUAUCAUCCGAUCACUCAAUGUCCAUGUGAGUGGAGCUUUGCUUGUGUGGGAAUACACACGACAGCAGAUGAUGAAGCAGAGUGUGAGACCAUGAAUUGGGAUUGCGCAGAUGUGAAAAUUAAGACAUCAUCUCCUGUUAAUACACGUUUUGCCACUUGCAAAUCAAUAACUGUGUUGCUACAGAGGAAGUCUGCAAUUCCCUGGAUGAUGUGGUGAAAAUGGAGUGUCACUGAAGAUUGUCAGAAGACAAUGAUGUCAUUAUGCUUUUGUCCACGUUUGACAUAGAUGGAUAUCUUGCAUCUUUUUGACAUUUGUGUAUGAAUAAGAAUAUAUCUUUUUUGUUAACACACAGAACAUUUUCUUUUGUAUAAAAGAUUGGGAAGAGAAGAGAGAACUGUUCAGCCCCUGAUCGGAUCUCUAUCUCCUCUCCGAUUACUCUGUUACACCAUCCCUUCCUAUAAAAAUAAAAUCCAUCAAUUUCACCUUUGAAUUUUCAGUUGAUUUCUAAUGUGAGCUGCAUCUUGGAGGAGAGUAUUCCAGGUUCCCUCUGCAUAUUGUGUAAGGAAGUGCUCCCUAAUGUCAGUGCCCUGGCUGUAACUUAAAGUUUAUGACUUCUUGUUUUGGCUUCCCCCACUAGACAAAAUGCUUUGUGUUGAGUCACAAUAAGUUAUAAACAAACAUCUCUCCAAUAUUUUAGUCACAUUAUCUUCUUUGGAGACGGCUUCACCUUCAGGAUCAAAAUACAAGCUACUGGAGGGACAUAGUGGGCCAGGCAGCAUUCGUGGAGGGAAAUGGACAGUUCACAUUUCGAAUUUGAGACCCUGCAUCAGGACUGAAAGAGAAGAGGGGAGAUGAGAUGAGGUGGCUUCAGAGCUGGCAAGCAAUAGAUGGAUUCAUGUAAACAGGGGUUGAUUGGCAGAUAGAUUCAGGUGGGAGAGGGGAGGGUGGAGACGGUGACAGAGGCUGGGAAGUGAUGUGGAGAAUAUGGAUGCAGAUUAUGUAUUCCAAUAAAGGAAGGGUGGAACCAAAUAAGAGAGGUGGUGGGCAAAUGGGAACAGUGGGGCAUAGGGAUAGGGAACCUAGCGGGAAGAUUAUGUGGACCCAAUUCUCCUGCUCAACUCUUUAUACUUGCUUUCCCCCCUCUACACUUCAGUCUAGAUGAAGGGUCUCAACCCGAAACAUGUUUAUUUCAUCCACAAAUGCUGCCUGACCUGGUGAGUUCAUCCAGCAGUUUUUUACUCCAAUCCCAGUAUCUUCAGCUGCUCGUUUCAACAUCAGCAUCCAUUUUAUAAAUAAAAUCAGUGCAUGUGUUUGUAACAAAUUGGUAACUGUUCAUAUAAAUGUUGGGACAAACCUGUAGUUCUCCAGAUUCAAUCUUUUACUUUUUUCUAAUAAAGACCAGUAAGAGCACCA